GGAAGAAACGGAGCAGGAUGUUUGGAGUUCACACUUCUUUAAUCUAACGUCUGUUGACGGUUCCAGUCGCAGAAAAAGCAGCGACGGGACUCGAGUGUGAGCCUCUCUGGAACAAAACCUCCCCGUUUCCCGACAGCAUCACCUGGGAUGGCGGCCGGUAACUUACAGAAAGCCAUAGAUCUGGCCAGCAAGGCUGCAGAGGAGGACAAAGCCAAAAACUACGAGGAGGCUCUCCGCUGUUAUCAGCACACUGUGCAGUAUUUCCUUCAUGUGGUCAAAUAUGAGACUCAGGGGGAUCGAGCAAAGCAGAGCAUCAGGGCCAAGUGUGCGGAUUACCUGGACAGAGCCGAGCAGCUGAAGGAAUACCUGAGGAAGAAGGAGAGCCAGGACACGGCCAAACCUGUGAAAGAGGCGGGGGACAAAGGGAGUGAGAGUGAUGAAGGUGAAGACCAAGAGAAGAAGAAAUUCAAAAACCAGCUUUCAGGUGCCAUCGUUAUGGAAAAGCCCAACAUCAAGUGGAACGAUGUAGCCGGACUGGAGGGAGCCAAAGAAGCCCUGAAAGAGGCAGUGAUCCUGCCCAUCAAAUUCCCUCACCUGUUCACAGGAAAACGAACCCCGUGGCGGGGGAUCCUUCUCUUUGGCCCUCCUGGAACGGGAAAAUCCUACUUAGCCAAAGCAGUGGCGACGGAAGCGAACAACUCCACCUUCUUUUCAGUGUCCUCCUCUGACCUGGUGUCCAAGUGGCUGGGAGAAAGUGAAAAGCUGGUGAAGAACCUUUUUGCUUUAGCCAGAGAACACCGGCCGUCGAUCAUUUUCAUUGACGAGAUCGACUCUCUGUGCGGCUCCAGGAGCGAGAAUGAAAGUGAAGCAGCCCGCAGAAUCAAGACCGAGUUCCUCGUUCAGAUGCAGGGUGUUGGAAAUGAUAACGAAGGAAUCCUCGUCCUGGGAGCGACUAAUAUACCAUGGACGCUGGAUUCCGCCAUCCGCAGAAGGUUUGAAAAGCGAAUCUACAUUCCUCUGCCAGAGGAGCACGCUCGCUCCUCCAUGUUCAGACUUCACCUGGGCUCCACCCCCAACAACCUGACAGAAGCAGACUUUGUCACCCUGGGAAAGAAGACGGACGGCUACUCCGGAGCAGAUAUCAGCAUCAUAGUGCGGGACGCCCUGAUGCAGCCUGUCAGGAGGGUUCAGUCCGCCACUCACUUCAAGAAGGUGCAGGGCUCCACGUGGAACCAUCCUGGGGUUGUGGUGGACGACCUGCUGACGCCGUGCUCACCCGGCGAUCCCGACGCCAUCGAGAUGACAUGGAUGGAGGUUCCCGGAGACAAACUUCUGGAGCCGGUUGUGUCCAUGACGGACAUGCUUCGCUCAGUGGGCAACACCAAGCCCACGGUCAACGAGCAGGACCUGGAAAAGCUGAAGCAGUUCACCGAGGACUUUGGUCAGGAAGGCUGAUUCCACCUUUGGUCAACACCAGAGCAGCUAACACCUGUGGAGGCUUCUGUUUACAUGCCUUUUCCCUCUCAAAUCUAUAUAAACAUGUAUUUUUGUAACUGCACUUGUCACUGUUAGGUCAGCAGCUGGACUAACUCACCUCCAUGAGGAACCCGUUUUCUGACACUAAGACCUCAUGGAAGCUGGGUCGGGUUGCACUUUGAGACAUUCCUUGAUGCUUUUUAGAAACAUUUUUUUUCCCCAAGUCAAUAAUGGGGGGAGGGGUCUUUUCAGAGCUCAGUUUCUCUGUAGAGCUACAAGAACCUUCUGGGUUCAGUGGGGUGACAGAGAGGAAACAGAAGCUCAUUAGCUGAGGUCUUGACUCGCCGUGUUCUGUGAACAACUCUCAGGGAUGAAUAAAUGAGACAAAAACAA